AUGAUCACAUUCUAUCUCUUCCUGCUUUGGGCUUUGGCGAUCAUCGGCCUAGCUGCGCCAGCAAGUCCUCACUAUCAAGUUCAUGAGCGCCGGGAGUACAUUCCAGAUUCAUGGAACGAAAUUCAAAGGCUCGAUGGCACGACCCCUUUGCCUGUUCGGAUUGGCCUGACCCAGUCCAACCUUGACCAUGGCCAUGACUUGCUCAUGGAAAUGUCUGACCCAAACUCCAAUCGUUACGGACAACAUUUCUCUCUUGGUGAGAUGCAUGACUUCUUCGCCCCCGCAGAUACAAGUGUGGAUGCAGUGCGUUCCUGGCUAGAGUCAGCUGGGAUCGCCAGCAACCGUAUCUCGCAAUCCGCCAACAAGCAGUGGAUUCAAUUCGAUUCUGAUGCGGAAGAAAUGGAGAGCUUGCUUCACACUGAGUACUACAUUUACUCUCAGAGUGAUACUGGUCGAUCACACGUGGCUUGUCAGGAGUAUCAUGUUCCAACCUCCGUGCGUGACCAUAUCGACUAUAUCACCCCUGGUAUUGCCAUGCGUGAGGUGGCUGGAGUGCACCAGUCUUCUCAGAAACACGUGAAACGCGGAUUCGAAUCAAAGCCUCCAAUCAUUGAGCCGCUUCCCUUGCGGCUGGAGGACCUGAUCGCAAAUAGUUCUGGAUGGUGCUCUCUUUCCGUAUCCCCGAGAUGCAUUCAAGAAAUGUACAACAUCCCUCCCGGUCACUCCGCGACAAAGGGCAAUGAGUUGGGCAUUAUCGAAUUUAUGGGUGAUGUUUAUUCUGAGGAAGACCUUGACAUGUUCUUCGCGACAUUCUACCCACAAAUCCCAACAGGCACAUAUCCAAUUCAAAAGCCAGUGGAUGGCGGCGAAGCCCCUGUUCCCGUACUCGACGCUGGUCCUGAGUCUGAUCUUGACUUGUUAAUGGCUUACCCAAUCAUUUGGCCACAGAAGUUGAUUGUGUUCCAAACCGAUGAUAUGGCGUACGAAAAGAACUACACUUUUUAUGGCUUCCUGAAUACCUUCCUGGAUGCUAUCGACGGCUCCUAUUGCAGUGAAGUCUCCCCCUGGGACCCUCCGUACCCUGACCCGCGGCCCGGAGGAUACAAUGGCACUUUGCAAUGUGGCGUCUACGAGCCACCAACUGUCAUCUCCAUUUCAUACAUCGAGGAUGAAGAAGCCCUGCCUGUGGCAUACCUGCGACGCCAGUGUGCCGAGUUCAUGAAGUUGGGGACAAUGGGCGUGUCGGUGUUAGUCGCUAGUGGCGAUUUUGGUGUGGGUGGGUGCCGUGGUCCCAAUCACAACGCCUUUGACCCAUUAUGGCCUGCUGCUUGCCCCUAUUUGACGGCAGUGGGAAUGACUGAAAUUCCCUUCGGAGUUUCCCACAAGGCGCACAAAGAGCAAGCCGCUACCCGCUUGGCAUCCGGUGGCGGAUUCAGCAACGUCUUCAAGGCGCCGGACUAUCAGACCCAAGCCGUGGCCGACUACUUCUCCCGGGCGAACCUUUCCUACCCAUACUACGAGACUGUAGACAGUAUCAGCAUCGGUGCCAACGGUGGUGUCUACAACCGAAUUGGCCGCGGCUACCCAGAUGUUGCCGCCGUUGGUGAGCGGAUGCUCGUCUAUCACCGUGGAGUUCCCAAGGGUAUGGGGGGUUCAUCGGCAUCUACGCCCAUAUUUGCGGCGAUUCUCACUCGGAUUAACGAAGAGCGACUGGCAGUUGGGAAGUCGACUGUUGGAUUCGUGAAUCCGGUUCUGUACGCUCACCCGGAGGCGUUCUUCGACGUGACGGUGGGUGACAACCCAGGCUGCUUAAACAUGAGCUUCCCAACGGCUGUUGGCUGGGACCCGGUGACUGGAAUGGGUACUCCAAACUACCCUGCCCUUUUGGAAGUGUUCAUGAGCACAUAG